AUGUCAGACUCCGACUAUGGUGACUUUGCGGAGUUCACUGCAGAAGAUUUCGAGGAGAUCGACGCAGCCAUACUGGCAGCACUGGGCUCCCAGAGCCCGACUCGUCCCGCUACUCCAACCUCUACCGACACGUCCAAGUACUGGGACAGCAGCUUCAGCUUUGGGGAUCUCGCAGGUCUCCCUGGUGGUCCGGACAUUCUCAUAGAACUGGAAGGCCGUACCGCUGACGUGCAUGGUCUAUUCAAGGACCCGGUAGCUGUCGAAUCUGACAGCGAAAGCAGUGGACCGGAUCCGGAGCCUGGCAGUCCGUAUAAUAGGUUUCGGCGGAAGAACGUCUUGUCUGUAAGCGACUUAGUCGGACCUGCAUGGUGUGAAGUACAGUUUGACUAUGGCUUGCGCCAGCGAAGAAGUUUCAAGCUGGAAUCUCGCCCUACCACUUUCGUCUCGGCACAUGGUCGAGAGAUCAAGGUCAACCCCGAUGUGGCUAGAAAAAAUGACAAAGUAUUGAAGGCUGGGCAAUCGGUGCAUAAAGUCUUAGAACGCGAAGUGAAGCCCGCCGAAGUGGAAAUAUACAUCACUACUGAGGAAGAACGAUGGGCUUUGCGGCUUGUGAAUAUGCUAGCAGCCGUUGGUAGCUUGAUGACCGUUGGCUUUGCUCGAGAAAUACCUGUGUUCGGUAUCGUGAACAACCAAAUAAUAGUCGGCAUUAUUCCAGCGCUCGGAAAGCGCCUUAAACGCACGCAAGAGGUAGACGAGUCCCAUGCCAAGAUCACGUCCUUCUUCAAAGGGAGCGAUCGUGCUCGCACACCGUCUCCUAAGCGGCCUCCCCCUUCGCUCGUCCCACUACCGAGGUACAUUCUUCACUUGUCCGACAGCAAAACUCGGCGUACGAUGACCCUCCCGUCGGAAGACGAUGCGCUACCAUCUCGGCUGCAGCUGAUGCUAUAUCAUCGUCUUCUUUCAAAGUUGGUGUCGCUGUCAAAACCAUUCGACUUUAGCAGGAUUUGGAAGCAAUUGCGCUUGCGACCAGACGCGCGGUUGGGUCACCAAUUCUUGACCGACGCUGGGCUGUUGCUAGGCGCCGACUGGGGGGCACCCUUGGAAUGCCUCAAUGACCUAACGGCUGCUUGGUUGGCGGCCGUCGAGCGGCUGGAUGUGGACAGUGUGGACAAGCACCUCAAGCUUGUGUAUAGGACCCGACCGACGACAGGUAAAGUGGGGUCCAAGCGGAAACGUGCAGAUGUCCUGAGUACGCGCAGAGAAGAUGUGGACUUGGCAACUGCUGUUGAGGCAAGGAGCGUGGUAGGACCAUCCCGGUUCACGGGCCGACAGCUACCCCCACAUCUGACAUGGGUCGUGCAGAAUUCCCUCCUGCAAUCAUCCAAGGGGGAUGACAGAACUGCUGAAGAUGCUAACUCCUCAUCUGAGGACGAGUCGCCGGAUUCUCAUGUAUUUGGGAUCAAAUAUUUCCAGGUCGACGAUGCUCUCCUCGAUGACUAUCUGAAGAAGGUUCUGGAUUGGUGGUACGGCAGACGAUCUCCAGAGGGUGUCAGCUUGGACCACACCAGCAGGUGCUUCUCAUGUGAAUAUAGCGACGACUGCGAGUGGAGAGCUGCGAAGGCACGCGAGGCGUUGGCCAAGCCUGCCUUCGGUGGUGCCGAAGAGAGGUACUUCUGA